ACAUCCAUUCUGCCCGUGAAGAGAGAGUCAGUCUGGGUUUGGUUCUUUUAAAAUGAACUACAUGUGAAAACACCCUUCGUGUGACGAAGUGACGAUGCGGACGUUAACCUGUAUGGCCCUGCUCAUAUGCGUCAAAGGCUGUCAUUCUCAUUUGAAUGUUUGUGGACGUCACCACCCUUUAAAAACCCGUAUUGUGGGUGGAGUCGAUGCGAAUGAGGGGGCGUGGCCUUGGCAGGUUAGUCUUCACAGCCCCAAAUAUAAAGGCCACUUUUGUGGAGGUUCCCUCAUCAGCAGUGAAUGGGUGCUCUCGGCUGCUCACUGUUUUGCAGGCGUCAACACAUCCAGCCUGGUUGUGUACUUGGGAAGGAUGACACAGCAGGGAGUUCAUGCUCAUGAAAUCAGCAGAAAUGUCAGUACACUCGUCAUACAUCCUGACUAUAGCAGUGACACCUACAACAAUGACAUCGCUCUCCUGCAUCUGUCCUCUUCAGUCAACUUUACUAACUAUAUUAGACCGGUGUGUCUAGCAGCGGAGGACAGCAUUUUCCCUUCAGGCACCAACUGCUGGAUCACAGGCUGGGGACAAACUGCAUCUGGAGUGAAUUUGUUUUAUCCUGGGACUCUGCAGGAGACUGUGGUUCCAGUGAUAAUUAAUUCUGAGUGUAAUGAUCUGUUGGGUGCCGGAGUCAUUACAGACAACAUGAUGUGUGCUGGUUUACAGCAGGGAGGAAAAGACACCUGCCAGGGGGAUUCUGGUGGUCCAAUGGUGAGUCAGCAGUGUUCAGUGUGGAUCCAGUCUGGUAUCAUCAGUAGGGGUCACGACUGUGGUCAGCCCAAUGAACCUGGAGUGUACACCCGCGUGUCUCGGUAUCAGCAAUGGAUCACGACUUCAACUGGCCCGAACCUCCCAGGAUUCGCCACCUUCAACCCACUAAACUCAUGCUCUACUGCCAGUCAGGGUUGAGGUGUAGUUGUAUGAAACAAACUUACCUGCACUAACUUCCAGUGAAUGCUGCCUUUGAAUCCAGCUCCACUGCAAACCGCCUGCCUCAGAACGUCACUCAUGAAUAUGAACAACACAAACUGCAAAAGUUCAACAUUUGUUGAACAAGCACUGUUUCCUGAAAACUGAGAUUGCGAGGAAAAAGCGGGAGUUUGGUAAAGGUUCUCCUGGUUAAUGUUUUUCUCCAUUUUGCAAAUAUCAGUACAACUCAUUUAUAAUGCAGUCAUUUAACAGUCAUGUAAGAUUAGCGUUUAAAAUAAAUGCUGUUCUUUUGAACUUUCCAUUUAUCAAAGAAUCCUAGAAGAAUAUAUCACAGUUUCUACAAAAAUAUUAAGCGGCACAGCUGUUUUCAACACUGAUAAUGAUAAGAAAUGUUUCUUGAGCAGCAAAUCUUCAUAUUAGAAUGAUUUCUGAAGAAUCUUGUGACAGUGAAAAAUUAAUAAACGCUUUA